CCCGCCGCGCCGCGCCCGCGCCCGGGUCCCGACUUCCCCUCGCGACUUCCCAGCCCGCACAGCCCGCGCGCCCCCACCCCCGGCCGGCCGCCGCUCGGCCCCCGCCGCGCCCGCAGAGGCCGCCAUGCGGCCCGCGCGCUGGAUCGCGCUGGGCAGCCUCCUCGCCCUGGCCGGGCUGCUAGAAGGCCGGCUCGUGGGCGAGGAGGAAGCCGGCUUCGGCGAAUGCGACCGGUUCUUCUACGCCGGGACACCGCCUGCGGGGCUGGCGGCCGAGGCCCACGUGAAGAUCUGUCAGCGCUUCGAGGGCGCCGAGCGCUUCGCCACCCUGUACAGCCGCCGGGACCGCAUCCCCGUGUACUCGGCGUUCCGCGCCGCGCGCCCCGCGGCUGCCGGCGCCGAGCCCCGCUGGCUGGUGGAGCCGCAGAUCGAUGACCCCACCAGCCACCUCGAGGAGGCGAGUGAUGAGGCUGAUGCCCUCACCUCUGUGAACAGCCUGGGAAGCCAGCAGGCCCUCAGCACAGAUUACUUGGACUCCGAUGACCAAAGCGGACAGGUGUACCCGGUUUCCCUUAGCGAUGAUUUCCAAGUGGCUACGUUCGCGCUCACAAACGCAGCUCCCAUGGCCCCGUCCUUCCGCGAGCGGUGGUACCGGGAUCUGCGCAGCCUGAUGGAGCGGGCCCUGACCCCGCAGUGCGGCGGCGGGGCGGACCUGUAUCUCCUUGCCGGCGCCGUGCCCUCCCGCCGCAAGGUCAAGGACAGAGUGGCCAUCCCCGCGUUCGUCUGGCUGGCCGCCUGCUGCGCCGCGCCCGGGGCCGGCUGGGCCAUGGGCUUCGUCCAGCACGCGCGCGACGGUGACAUCAUAGAGGACGUGAUGGUGCCCGAGCUCGAGAAACUGCUUCCGUCCAGCCCCCGGCUGUUCCAGGACAACUGCGGCGAGGCCCAACAGGACACGGAGAGAAUGAAAAAAAUCCUGGAAGUGGUUAACCAAGUCCAGGACGAAGAGCGAACGGUGCAGACCAAAGAGGACGCUCGUCCUCUCUCCGGCCCCCAGGGCCAGGGCUCCGCGCCGCUGCCUCCGGAGCCGGCUGAGGAGGGGAGGGGCCUUCUGGGCAAGCUGAUGGGCCUCCUCGCCACCCCCGUCAUCAAGCUUUUCCAACUACUUUAUUACGUUGCCGUGGGCGUCCUGAAGAACAUUAUGUACGUCCUGUGGUUUGUUACCAAGCAAGUGUGUAACGGCAUAGAAAGUUGCCUUUACCGCUUGGGUUCAGCCACCAUCUCCUACUUCUUGGCCAUCGGGGAAGAGUUGGCCAGCAUUCCCUGGAAGGUACUCAAAGUCACCGUCAAAAUCAUCAGGGCCGUUCUCCGGAUCCUUUGUUGUCUGCUGAAGGCUGUUUGCCGCAUUCUGGGCAUUCCGGUCCGAAUCCUCGUAGACGUGGCCACUUUCCCCAUGCACACCAUAGGCGCGGUUCCACUUGUGUGCAAGGACAUCGCCAUGGGCCUGGGCGGCACCCUCUCUCUGCUCUUUGAUGCUGCUUUUGGCACUAUGGGGAGCCUGUUUCAGGUUAUUUUUAGUAUCUGCAAGAGGAUUGGCUACCGGGUUACUUUUGACAAUUCAGGGGAGUUAUAGAACUCAAAAACACUAGCAGGGUCCAGUUACAUUGAAUUUGAUUUUUUUUUUUAAUAGAGAAAGCUGGAAUAUUUUGUCUUUACAAUGGGUUUCUGUUUGCUCUCAAUUACAUUAUAUCUUGGCCUGUGGUAGGGGUAUUUGCAUGUUUUGCAAAGGAAGAUGGUAUAAUUUAGACUUGACCAAAGAGAGAUGUUGAGAAUGGGAUUAUGGGUAGGUAGAUCAUCUAUGAGAUAUGGGCAAACUUCCAAACCAUUAGAAUCUUCCUUCACUCUGCUGCUAGAUGGACCACUUGAGAUACUCUGGUGUUCAUUUGUAAUAACUAGGAAUUACAGAGAAGGGAAGAAUUAGGAAGGAGACAACCUUAACCCAAAGAAUUUCUGAGAGAGUGGGGUGUGAAUCUUGUUUCUGUUAUGAGGUGUGAGGUACAACUUAUAUAAUGUUGCUGGUCGAUUUGUUUUCAUUUGCUUCUCUUUCUUUCUAACUCAGGUGACCUUGGUGAAGUGCAGACAUGCUUUCUUGUUAAAAUAACUUUCUUAGGGACAAAGAUUUGCUAAUAUCCCUGAGCUUUCCAUGGCUUUGAAGGACGUGUAAGUUUUCAUGUUUUUUGUUUUUGUUUGUGUGUGUGUGUGUGUUUAGUUUUUUUUUUUUCCCCUCCCAAGAUGAGUUUUGCUGCAUUUUUUUUAAGGUAAUGAUAAGCAUUUUGUGUUAAAUGUGGCAUAACAAAGUUUGAAUGCAAGGGCGAAAAUUGUUUGCCCUUUGAACAGUGUAGCACAGUCCUCUGGGGCAUAAAGAGGAGAGUACAAGGGUCAGAACCCUGCUCUGAGUAGGUGGUGUAGGUUUGAGAAUCCUUAGCUAAGCUUGGAUUAACUUGACGUAGAUUAAGUCUCUGGCUGACAAGAAUGAGCUCAAAGACUGAUAUGUUAGCCAAUAGGAAAAUUUGUACUCUCCAGCAUUCUAGGUCAGUCUUUGUUAUGCAUCAGACAAGUACUCAUUAUAGUAAAAUACUCUGACCUCUAUCCUUAAAUGAUUGUUUUGGUAUAAAUGUAUACAGAAGAGCCACAGAAGAAGAAAACAACUAUUCUAUCCAUUUCAGAAAAAAAUAAACAACCCAUAUCCAUAUAUAAGUUUAUGUAAGCAUAAACUUGAUUAAGAAUCACCGUGUCUUAGGAAAUUCAUUUUAUAGUGUGUUUGAGGCUAGAAAACACAACGCUCCCAUUAAUGCAAUUUUGAUUUGGGAGCUAAUCUGAUCAAGCACUCAUCAUUUUAAAUCUUGUCCUAAAGGAGAAAGCAGCAUCUUCCAAACUGCUCUGCCUUCCACAGCUGAGAUGGAAUCAUCUGGAUUUUUCUGAACAUUUUAAAGAGUUGCCAUGAGGUAGAAAUGGGCCAAAUGUAAAAUACUGACAUUGGGGUGUAGAGUACCAUUCAUCUGAUAGUUAGUUGUAAACACCUGGGAUCCAGAAGGCAACAAGGAGGGAAUAAUGGAGAGAAACAAUACUUCCAGAAGGUAGGUAGAUCAGAAAUGUGAGUGUAGUGAGUUCCAUUUUGGAGAAAAGGAACUGAAUCACACCCAGAGUAGAUCAGUUGGUGAGACAGUGUUGGGGAUUAUGAACACCAGACUGUUCCAUGGUAGGGGGUAUCACACUAGACUUAUUCAAGAAUCUUAAGCAGCAUUUUAGCAACACUUCUGUUUGUGAGUGUGAGACUCUGUAGUGGGCCUCCCUUCAUUUCAGCCGUGUGGAGGUACAUGGAAGGGUGAGGGUUUGCCUUGGUACUGUGGGUCAAGAAUCCUAGGGGAUGAAAGGAAGGGAAUCUUUGAAGCCACCAGAUAGAUGGUCUGGCCAAAUCUUCAACUGAUAAAGAAACGGAGGCACAGGGAGGCACCAGGCUUGUCUUUAGUGUCUCUGCUGGCUCGUGGCAGAUCAGGAGCCAACGUCUUUCCCACAUGUCCCAUCGCACCUGGGAUGUCAGAUACGGCGGUGUGUGUGUCAGUACUCAGCUGCCUCCCUGGGUUUUUUCCAUCAUCCAACCAACAGAGCCCAAGCCCUGGCUCAUCAAUCGGAUGGAUUGAGCCUAUGGGAUGAAACCGUCAGCCGUCCAUGCACAGCACCAUGCUUCCUGCCCCCCCAAAGAAUGUUUGUUCCCUCACAGUAUGUAUUUGUAUACUGAUAGGCCCAGAGAGGACAUCUAUGGAAGCUUGAACCCCUUGGCACCAGGCAAGGAACAGGGGCAUCCAAACCGCCUCUUGAGAGCCAUUUGGAAAAGCCUUCUUUUCACUUCUAGUUGUUUAGUGUCUUAUUUAUUUUUGUGUGGUCUUUUGUGAAAUCUGGGAACGGAUAAUAAGGCAAAAUAAACCCUUAGGGUGAGGUAGCUGAGCCUGAUUUAUGGGCACUGACACCAGCAGGUGGCUGGAUGGUCCUCCCAAGCUGCUUUGAGCUUUGAGGUGAGAAUUUGGAUUGAUGACCCCUGUCUUUAGCUUGGAAGAUUUUUCUGUCACUCUGUUAUGUUCUUGGGCCCUGGGGAAGUCAGCUCUUCAUUAUUAUGGAGCUAAUUUCUAGUCUGUGGAUGAGCCACACCUUUGGCCCCCUCCCCUCUUUUCCAUUGUGCCUUUUGAAUGUUGGCUUCUCACUCCCCAUCAGCACUUCUACCUACAUGCAGACUAGGGAGUUGGGAGAAGGACCUAGAAUGAAGCACUCACCAUUCCGUCGGUCAUUCAUCUGUCAAACAUGGAUCCCAUCCAAGAUUCAAAACCUUAAUUUGAACAUGAAGUUUGCAGAGACCAGCAAUACAUGGACCCCGUCUUGGAGGAGUCCAGAAACCUAGUGGAGCGGACCCACGGUGCCGUUGACCGCUGAAACACAGUGUAGGAGUGCUGCAGAAUCCGUUCCAGCACGUGCUCCCUGGAGCACAGGAACAAAGCCCACAAGACCAUGGAAAUGAGGGAAGCCUUAACAGAGGGUGUGACAAAAGUCACCUUGACAUUUUCAGGCUAUGUACAAUGCUGUGCACCUUGCAAUGCUCAAUAAAGUAAUCAUUGACAACUCA